AUGAAGUUAUCAAUCCUCCUGCUACUGGUCACCCUAUUGGCCUUGGAUGCCUGUAAGAUCACUCUGAAGGCCCGUUCCCGAACCAAGACGCCAUUCCAACUUCAAGUCUAUAUCCCUUCAUUAAAGCAGAAGACCGAAAGAGUUACUUUCAAUGGACCCGGAGAGAAGAAGGUCUUGGUAAGUAAUCCUUAAAAUAUUAUCUUGUAAUUGCCAAUUGACGCUCUUCGUAAUCUUUCCUUAUUCAGAUUGAGGGAGGUAGCUGUAUGGAUAAGAAGUGGGUCUUCAAGACCUGGAAGCAGGUAGAUGGAAAAUGGGUUGGUGCUGCUCAGAACUCUGGAAAACUCGGAGGUUCGGGAUGGUUUAGAGUCAUCGUGGAAGACAACCUGAUGCCGUUCGGCAAUGAUCGAUACGGAAUUGCUUGUUCCGAGGGUGCUGUUUGUGGAUAA